AAACAAUACAACUUCACUAUACCUCAACUCUCAUAAAUACCUCGUCCACGAAAUCAACUAUACCAAAGAUACCAUCCGUCUUGCUAUUCCUAAUGUCACACUAAUUGAGAGUUGCUCAUUCCCCAAAUACCCUUUAUUCGAUGACAUGUUUUAUUCCUAUUACUACUAUGUGGCAAACAGUGUUCCAAUUAGUUUUAUGAGCUGCCCAUAUCCAGUUAAUAGUUCGAACCUUUUGGAAAUUACUUCUCAUUGUGCAGACAAAAAAUUAUAUGGUGUGAAUGGAAGUCGCGCAUAUAUAAUAUUUGGCAAAGAUGUACACCAAGUAAAGGAUAUGUGCGAAAUAGACCUGGUGGUGAUGACUUCACUGCCACUUAAAAUAAAAGAGAAUGUUUCCUUUUCAACUAUGCACAAAGCUCUGCUAAAUGGUUUUGAGGUUUCGUGGAUUUUGCCUUUGAGCAAUGAAUGUGUACUCAGUCCAAUUGGUGGAUACAAUUUUUGCGCUGACUUCCCAGCUUGGUUGGCCCAUGCUCUUCAAUGGAUCCUGUACAUUCUUUGGGAUGGCAUAGGUGAGUAUCAAAUUGUUGAAUAUAUAUUUUUAUAUUUUCAAUUGUUCUUAUCCAUUAACAUAUCUUUAUAGAUAGCACUUUGUCCCCUGAAUUUUAGCUUGUUUUGCGUUUAGGCAUUUUUAUAAAUAUGGAUUUUUUGAUAUAGACCCCUCAUAAAUUGUUUUAAUAUAAAGAGGUCUAUUUAUAUUUUCUCCAUUUAAACUCACGAUAUUUUUUAAUCUCAAAAUUACGGUUCAAC